GCUCUGAGGAGUUAGGAAGUGGAAGCUAUGGGCAUCGGUAUAUCACAGGCACAGUAACUGGUGAUGAUGAUGGAUUCGAUAUCGAUGACUCAGACUACGACAUUUACAUAGAAGAGCUCAGACCGCUUCCUGCUAUCAAAGGAGGCAACAGAAAAUUUCUGGUCGAAACUAAGGUCACACCAGGGUCUAGUUCCAGGCUCCUGUCACGGGUCCUUACAACCACUUCUGAACCUACUACUGCCACUCCCACCACCACACAGCCUUCAACCACAGCGAGGGUGACUACGGCUCAGGCAGCAAGGAGGGGCGGCAUGUCUUCUGCAGUGCGUCUCUUUGAUCUCUCCUGUGAUGAGACCAUCUGUUCUGCAGACAGCUUUUGUGUCAAUGACUACGACCGGGGAGGCUCACGCUGCCACUGCAACUUGGGAAAAGGAGGAGAGAUGUGUGCAGAAGAUAUUAUUAUCCAGUAUCCUCAGUUCUCUGGCUACUCAUACAUCACCUUUGAACCACUGAAAAACUCCUAUCAGACAUUUCAAAUUACCCUUGAAUUCAGGGCUGAAUCAGAGGAUGGUUUGCUGCUAUACUGUGGAGAAAAUGAACAUGGUCGUGGUGAUUUUAUGUCACUAGCAAUCAUCCGACGUAGCAUCCAGUUCAGGUUCAACUGUGGCACUGGACUUGCAGUCAUAACGAGUGAAACCAAAAUCAAGCUGGGGAACUGGCACAGCAUCACAUUGUUCAGAGAUGGGAUGAAUGGCUGGCUCAGGCUGGACAACAAUGCUCCAGUGACAGGAAAAUCUCAGGGCCAAUACAGUAAAAUUACAUUCCGGACUCCCUUCUACGUUGGUGGUGCCCCCAGCAUGUACUGGCUCAUCAGAGCUGCAAGCACGAAUCGUGGGUUUCAGGGCUGUGUUCAGUCGCUCAGCGUCAACGGAAAGAUAAUUGAUAUGAGACCCUGGCCAUUAGGGAAAGCUCUUAGUGGUGCUGAUGUCGGUGAGUGUAGCAGUGGCAUCUGUGACGAGGCGUCCUGCAUCAACAGUGGUACCUGUACUGUGAGCAAAGCAGAUUCAUACAUUUGCCUUUGCCCUCUUGGAUUUAAAGGUCAUCAUUGUGAAGAAGCACUCACCUUGGCCAUACCUCAGUUCAACGAGUCCUUAAGGUCAUUUGCUAGCACACCCUGGCCCUUGGAACCACAGAAUUACCUUUCCUUCAUGGAGUUUGAGAUGACAUUUCGUCCAGAUUUAGAGACUGGUGUCCUUUUGUACAGCUACGACACAGACAGCAAAGACUUCCUCUCCAUUAACAUGGUGGCUGGUUACGUGGAGUUCAGGUUCGACUGUGGCUCAGGAACGGCUAUUAUCAGGAGUGAAGAACCUGUCAGUCUGGGACAAUGGCAUGAGUUGCGAGUGUCUCGCACAGCAAAGAAUGGUAUCCUACAAGUGGACAAACAAAAGCCAGUGGAAGGCAUGGCAGAGGGGGCUUUCACACAGAUUAAGUGCAGCUCUGAAAUAUUUAUUGGUGGAGUCCCUAGUUAUGAUGCUGUGAAGAAGAACUCUGGGAUCCUCAGACCCUUCAGCGGGAGCAUCCAGAAGAUUAUCUUGAAUGACCGGACAAUCGAUGUGAAACGUGAUUUCACUUGUGGAAUCAACCUAGUGAAUGCUGCCCACCCCUGUGUGAGCUCACCAUGUGCAAAUGGAGGCACCUGUGUUCCCAAGAAGGACAGCUAUGAAUGUGACUGUCCCCUGGGCUUCGAUGGGCAACAUUGCCAAAAAGAGUGUGGAAGUUACUGCCUAAACACCAUUACAGAAGCAAUUGAAAUCCCACAAUUUAUUGGUCGCAGUUACCUUACAUAUGGUAAUCCAGAUAUCCUGAAAAGGGUAUCAGGAUCAAGAACGAACGUGUUCAUGAGGUUUAAAACCACAAUGAAGGAAGGUCUUUUGUUGUGGAGGGGAGACAGUCCCAUGCGACCUAACAGUGAUUUCAUUUCUCUAGGCCUUCAAGAAGGAGCAUUAAUAUUCAGCUACAAUUUGGGCAGCGGCAUUGCUUCCAUCAUGGUGAAUGGCUCUUUCAGCGACGGCCGGUGGCACAGAGUCAAGGCUGUUCGGGAUGGACAGUCUGGCAAAGUAACCGUGGACGAUUACGGUGCCAGGACUGGUAAAUCCCCUGGGAAGAUGAGGCAGUUAAACAUCAAUGGAGAUCUCUAUGUAGGUGGCAUGAAGGAAAUAGCCCUGCAGACGAACAGGCAGUACAUGCGGGGCCUGGUAGGCUGCAUCUCCCACCUCACGCUUUCAACCGACUACCACAUCUCGCUGGUGGAGGAUGCCACCGAUGGGAAGAACAUCAACACGUGUGGGACCAAGUGA